AUGGGUCUAUUGCGAAAAAUCAUAUCCCGCAAAUCGAAGGAUCCCGAGCGAGAAAAGCCGCCCAGCAAUGGCAUGAUCGCAGGAAAAAAUAGCACGGCGCAGCAGAGCUCUGUCCCCGGUGCACCAGCUACACGGCCGAGCGACAAUACUCCAGGCACAAGCGAGAAAAGAGUCGAUAAAGAGAGAACCGAUGUCCGCGCCAUGAAUAAAGACAUACCAAACAACAAGAACUGGGAUCUGAAGGUUCUUGUCGAGCCUACAAGCAAAGAAAAUAUCAUCGAUAUAGUUGCCGUUCACGGCAUUGGGGCUGAUCCAGCAGACACCUGGGUUCAUAAGAAUUUCAAGACUGACGCUCAUGGCAAUAAGGUUGAGGUCAAUAGGGUUGACUGGCUACAAGACCAGAGUAUGCUCCCAUCCAUUGUUCCUAACGCCCGUAUCAUGCGAUUUGGGUACCCUUCCAGCUGGUUUGGUAGCCGCGAUGAACAACAUACCGAAACGUUCGUAAGCGAUGUGAGCGAACAAUUAUCCAGGCGUCUAAACCAGGUUCGAAAUGGCUCUACCCGACCAUUGAUCUUCAUUGCCCACAGCUAUGGAGGCUUGCCUGUUAUAGACGCUCUUCGUGAUUCUAUCCUGAAACACAAUUCUGGGGGCAAGUCACCCAAUCCUGUUAGCAGCGCAUUUCAGUUUACCGCUGGACUGUUGUUUUUUGGCGUUCCAUUUCAAGGAAGAGGUGGCCCGUCGACCGAGGAAUGGAUUAAGAAGAUCAAAGAACACCACAAGAAUGAUCCGGAUUUCCAGGUCUGGAAUCAGACAAUGACUGCUUCCGUACCCAAAAGUCAAUUUCUUCAAGGCCUAGUUGGCCAGUAUCUCGAAACGCGGGUUUGUGACCAUCCUAUUCCUAUCACUUGUUUCUGGGACCGAUUUGCAAGUCGGGUGGGAAAAUUCUGGGGUGAGGAAGAUCCAGAAAAGUCAAACUUCAUCGUUGUAUCUAAGACGUCGGCCUGUCUUCAACGCUCGAAGGACGUAAGCCAGGUUCCCCUUGAUCGGAAUCACUACAACCUCAAUAGGUUUGAGGGUCCCGAGGAUCCAGUUUGGAAAAUGGUUGUUCCAGAAAUUCAACAACGGGCUGGAUAUGCUAGUGAAUUCCUGAGCCGCCGGGACCAAGGUGAGGAUAUCCCAUCACGAGUUGAUUGCUAUUUUUCUGACAUCGAAGGUACAGACCUCGGGUUCGCGGUGAAUUGGAGCCUAUACCACUUAACCAAGACGGCGCACUUUGUUGCUCGUGAGAGUGACUUGGAAAAGAUGGAAGGGCUACUGCAAAAACAGAAUGGUCGCCGCUCUGUGGUUGUUUCGGGCCUAGGUGGGAUGGGUAAAACUCAACUGGCGAUCAAAUAUGCACAGUUGCAUCAAGAUGAAUACUCUGCCGUGUUUUUCCUGGACAUUACGAGCGACAAAUCCAUGCGAAAGAGCUAUGAUGUGAUAGCAGCACGAAUCACGGCAGACCACCCAACGACAAACCGUCUGGAAGUGACCCCGGAAAAGAAUGAACAAAAUUCUAAUGCCGUCGUGUCGGCCGUCAAGAAAUGGCUGGAGUUACCGAAGAAUACCAGUUGGUUGAUGGUGUUCGACAACUAUGAUAAUCCAGCUGUUCCCACCAAUACUCACCCAGAAAGGGUCGACAUUCAAAAUUAUCUCCCAGCGUGCAAUCAUGGGUCGGUCAUCGUCACGACCAGGGUAGAAAAUGUCAAAUUGGACUCUCAAAGCUCGAUGAAAAUCGAGAAAGUGAGCGAUUUACAUGGGCAGGAAAUCUUGGCAAAGACAUCAGGGCGUCAGGGAGUUCUCAAAAACAAAAAUACAUACAAGCUCGCGACCAAACUAGGUGGUCAUCCACUAGCCCUGGCUAUUGCUGGCUCAUAUCUCCAUACCUCGCAUAUGUCAUUCGAAAAUUAUCUUGCCUUUUAUGAAAGCGAGUGGAAAAGGUUGCAGACGAAGAGUCCAAAAUCGGAUUCUUACAACCAUACUCUCCUUACCACAUGGCACAUCACAGUUGAUCAGCUCAAAAAGGACCACCCCAGCUCUAUCAAAAUGCUAAAGAUUCUCGGUUACACAACAGAUGGGAUCAUGUCCUAUAAAUGGCUGAAAGCAGGGUCGGGUGCUAUGCCAAAAGCAGUUCAACGGAUCGUUCAAGACGAGCUCGACUUCGGCGAGACAAUGCGUCAUCUUGUUAACUACGGCCUUGUCGAGCUUCACGAUCUCAACGAAGAGUUGGAUGUUGAGCUCGCAUGGUCUGUUUAUGCCUGUGCAAUGAUUCCACCUGACGAGCCAGAUAUGACCGCUUUGCGGGCUCUGAUUGCCAGUCAUGACAGUGCGUGGUCUCAACUGACGAACGUUUGGUGGACAAACGAAAACAUCCGAAACAUUCUUCAGCAGCAAAAGGGAUUCAAGUUUCCAUCGGACUGGGAAGCUCUGGAUUUCUUGCUAGGGGCCUUUGGUUAUUACGGUUCCUUCGCAUUGCCCGGGACUGUUGAUGACCUCGAGGAGAUCAUCCCUGUUCAAUCGACACACUUCAAGGCUAAAUUUAAUGUACCACGAUCCUGUUUCCUCCCCCAAGAGUUGAAAGAUACAGUCACCAAGGGAGUUAGCUCCAGCGACAAGAGCUUUUUCGUACACUUUCCAACCAUCGAGUCGCUGUCACCGAGGCGGAGUAAGCCACAGGAUGCAAUGAGCCUAGAAAAGAUGCAAAUGAUGACAGGAAAUUUGAUGCGAAAGAAGGCUUUACGAAUGGAGUCAGAACGAAACUUUAUGGAACACACAGAAUUCCCAGACUUCCUCGCGCAUGUGGUUAUCUGGAGAGGGAAAGCGAUGUAUAUGCACUUUUUUUUCAUGAAAGGCGUCGAUUGUGAUUUCAAACUUUAUGCUAGAAGGUAUACGCCUUACUCGGAUGAAACUGGUUGGUUCAUCAGGUGA